CGUUAGUUCUUCGGCGCAGGCAGUUGUCUUGAGUGGAAAAGCCAGCAGUGUUAGUUGAGCCACAGCAGCGCAAAGGGCAGAAAAAGCCACCCCGUCGCCAAUUCCCGCCCCCCAAAAUGACUCUCUAGCUCGCGCUGCACCCGAACAAAAGUGAUUCGUGUGGUUUUUUUUCUGUGAAUGUGAAAAGUGCCGGAGGAAAUAUGAAUAUUCUCUACGCAAUCUACCUGAUUUCAUUCAUUGGAUUUGCCGCUGUACGACAAUGCUGCGCUUCAUGCUACUUUCCCGCCGAAAUGCAGGGCGUCUACGUGACCCAGAGCACCGUGUCGGGCGUGGACGUGGUGUACAGCCAGAUCAACAUCACGUCGGACCUCAUCACCAUAUGGGGCAACUGCCACCGGCGCGUCGGCAACAACAUGAUCCUCAUGAUGGCGUCGCUGGAGGAGGAAGAGGAGGACACCAGCUGUUUCCGGUGCUUCCACAUCACGCUUGUCACGAAGAACAUCGUGCGUGUGUACACAACUAUGGAGUACAUGGCCAAGUGCUUCACGAACGAGGAGAAGGCCAUCAUGUCCUGCCCGUCUGAGGACUCCCUGCGAGAUCCCGAGGAGCACACAGAAAUCAUCCUGUUCAAAAUCCGAGAACUGGACGGUCAAGUGAUCCGCCGGCGCGAAUAUUGUCCCAUAAGUGGUCGAUACAAUUUCACAUUUGCCACAGGCGAGAAGCGCCUCGAGUGUCUGUCGCCCAAAUCCACCCUGGACACGUGUCCUUCCGGCUCCUCCUUCAAUCUCCGCUUCCGUGACUGCAACUUCGAGGACAUGGACGCUUCGCUGGAGUGCCUGGGCCACUGGACAGGCUACAACGGCGUCAACUACUUGGCGCUAAUCAACACGCGCCAGGACGAGAAGCUGGGGCCACGUUACAGAUGCGCCGUGUACCUGGAGGAUGCCAACAGUGGCGUGGUGACGCUCUCCUUCAGCAACGACUCCACGUGCACCACCAGCCUCCGCGGCGUGGAUGGCGAUUCGCUCACGCUCUUUCCAGUGGCAACAGAUAAGGCGUCCAGCGGCGAAUGCUCCUUCCCCAAGUGGCUCACCGGCCGGUGGAAGCACAUGAAGAAGUCCAGUGACUCUGUGGCGGUGUUCUACGAUGCCACGUCCUUCAAGACGCACACGAUGCGCUGUCAGGAAGCAGAUCCCACCAAUGGGAAGUAUCUGGUGCGGAGCACCACGCAGUGUGGCGAAGAGAGAUUCUUCUGCACGUGGCUGGAGCAGCGGAGUCCCAACAUCCUGGAGUUCCAGAUGUCCCUGAUAUCAAGCGCCACGGCGUCAGCGUCUCAGGGUCUCUGCACGGAUGACAAUUUCGACGGCAGUCGCUGGAUCACACAAAGCCGCGAAUCCAUGCACACUCACUACACGCAGUGUCCCGUGAGUGGGGAGUUCACGGGCUUCAUCCCCGACGCCGAGGGAUUGUGUGCCAAACUCUCGUCAGACUGCAAAUCCCAGAACAUCCUGUACUAUGAAGUCUCCGCUUGUGACACAGGUGAAGUGUACGAGGAGCGCGAGUAUCAGUGCCUGGGACAGUGGGAGGAGAACGGGCUCCUCUAUGCCUUCACUUACAGGCGUGAUCUGAACACGCACGAGUGCUUCGUGGGCGCCAUGAUGGCGGAGAAGACAAUCUUCAUCAGGGAAGCUGGCGAAAACUGCCAGCGGAAUCUCAACCCUCAUCGCUACGGCAUGGAGCUGAACAAGAUCGGUUACUGCAACGCCGUGUCUGAUCAGACGCCACAUUCGUCGCAUCGACAUAUUCAUGCAAGUUCCUCAUCGGUUGAUGAAAUAACCACUCCUAUCACACCCAGGCCCACAGAGGCUCCGCCACAAGUCUCCCGGACGCGUCCUGUUGCCACAUCGACAGCGCCGCCGGCGAGGACCUCAAAAAUACCUGCAAUCAUUGCAACUGCCGCGAGUGCGAAAGUCUCUCCGCACUGGCUGCUUCUGCUUACCUUUCUUGCCAUUUUCAGUAUGUGACAGACCUCUCUGAUACCUGCAAUUCAUACUCCAAUACUGGUGGAAUAAAUGUCGAGUGGAAAACUCGAAGAA